AUGAUUGGAGGAGCAGAAGAAUGGGAAGUCGAAGAGAUUGUGAAGGAGCGGAACGUCGGCCGAGGAAAACAGUACUUGGUCAAAUGGAAGGGAUGGCCUCACAGCAAGAAUACCUGGAAACCAUCACCUCACCUCACCCACGCAAAGAAGGUCCUGGCAGCAUGGGAAAAGAAACAAUCCAAUCCAGACACCGACAUUGGCACGGUGCCAAUACUCCGAGCUUGCCACUGGGAUUACCUUAACCAUCGCUACAUACCCAAGGACGAGCAACUUCCAUACCCCAGAUGA